AAAGCGAUAACCCGAAGACCGACGACACACAGUCAGUCGCCUGUGGACAAGCAGCCCGACUUGACGUAACGAACGACGCGAACCCGAUUGCCGACUGCAGAUUGGAGAUUGGAGAUUGGCCAGUGUGGAGAGUGGAGAUUCGAGACUGGCGACUUGGAGUUUUCAACGCGCCGCGCCAAAACGCCUGCGCAAAGGGCUGCCCAAGCGGCGCCUCCCCACCAAUUUUGUUUGUGUGACUCCAGUGACUGUCCGCGUGAUUUCAAAACAUUUUUUUCAAAAAGUUUUUUAAAAUUCGGAAUUUUGGUUAAGUGCCUACAAGAGAUUUAGCCAGAGAUUUGAUUUUUUUCGAGUGCUUUUUUGUGAUUUUUUAACUAAACUCGGAACACCUUGGAUUUUGGAAUUUGGUGUUUUUAAGAGAUUUUGAAAAACUGCGAUUUCGAACAUUUUCGAGUGAAGCAAAGUGUUUUUGGAGCCCAAGUCCCGAAGAACAUGCCUUGCCAGGCGAUCUGUGGGCUGCUGCCCCUGCUGCUGCUGGGGAUCUGCGCUGGAAUCCCCUCCACGGAGGCCAUUCCCAACGACGUCUACCUGAAGAUGUUCCCGCAGCAGGCGCCUCCGGACGACCUGUGCUACGACAAGAACCACGAGCCGCAGGUCUGCGUUCCGGACUUCGUGAACGCCGCCUUCGACGCGCCCGUGGCGGCCAGCUCCACCUGCGGAUCGGAGGCCACGGGCCCCGAGCGCUACUGCGAGUUCCAGGAGCACGAGCGCUCCUGCCACACCUGCGACCAGGCGGACCCGCUGCGCAGCUUCCCCGCCCGCUCCCUCACCGAUCUGAACAACUCCAACAACGUGACCUGCUGGCGCAGUGCCCCCGUGUCCGGCAGUGGCGACAACGUGACCCUCACCCUGUCGCUGGGCAAGAAGUUCGAGCUGACCUACGUGAUCCUGCAGCUGUGCCCGCAUGCGCCGCGUCCCGACUCCAUGGUGAUCUACAAGAGCUCCGACCACGGCCUCACCUGGCAGCCCUUCCAGUACUACAGCUCCCAGUGCCGGCGCCUCUUCGGCCGUCCCGCCCGCCAGUCCGCCGGGCGGCACAACGAGCACGAGGCCCGCUGCACGGACAUGACCAGGCCGCUGGCCUCGAGGAUUGCCUUCAGGACGCUGGAGGGUAGGCCCUCUGGACGCGAUCUCGACUCGUCGCCGGUGCUGCAGGACUGGGUGACGGCCACCGACAUCCGCGUGGUGUUCCACCGCCUGCAGCGACCCGAUCCCCAGGCCGUGCUCUCCCUGGAGGCGGGCGGCGCACCCGUCGACCUGGCCAGCGGCAAGUACAGUGUGCCGCUGCUGGGCACCGGACCCACGGGCAACAACAUCGAGGUGCAGCCGGGACUGGAGGCGGUGACCCCUUCGGGUGGACUGCACUACGCCAUCUCGGACUUCGCGGUGGGCGGACGGUGCAAGUGCAACGGCCACGCCUCCAAGUGCUCCGCGGACGCCAGUGGGCAGCUGAACUGCGAGUGCAGCCACAACACCGCCGGGAGGGACUGCGAGCGCUGCAAGCCCUUCCACUUCGACCGCCCCUGGGCCAGGGCCACCGCCAAGGAGACCAACGAGUGCAAGGAGUGCAACUGCAACAAGCACGCCCGCCAGUGCCGCUUCAACAUGGAAAUCUUCCGGCUCUCCCAGGGCGUCUCCGGCGGUGUCUGCCAGAACUGCCGACACUCGACCACCGGACGGAACUGCCACCAGUGCAAGGAGGGAUUCUACAGGGACAGCACCAAGCCACUGACCCACCGCAAGGUCUGCAAAGCCUGCGAGUGCCACCCGAUCGGCUCAUCUGGCAAGAUCUGCAACAGCACCAGCGGUCAAUGUCCCUGCAAGGACGGGGUCACCGGACUGACCUGCAACCGCUGCGCCCGGGGCUACCAGCAGAGCCGCUCCCACAUCGCGCCCUGCAUAAAGCAACCGCCGCGAAUGAUCAACAUGCUGGACACCCAGAACACCGCUCCCGAGCCGGAUGAGGCCGAAUCCUCGCCAGGAGCGGGCGGCGAUCGCAGCGGCGCCUCCGGAACGGCCGCCCAGACCCAGUACUAUCGCACCGAGGGCGGCAGGGAAUGCGGCAAAUGCAGAGUCAGCACCAAAAGGCUAAACCUAAACAAGUUCUGCAAAAGAGACUACGCAAUAAUGGCCAAAGUAAUUGGUCGCGAUACGAGCAGCGAGGCCAGCAGGGAGUCUCAGCGACGCGCAAUGGAUCCCGACGUGGCGGACUACGAAAUGGACCAAGAUCAGCCGGGGUCGCCGCGGUCGCCGAUUACGACGGAGUACGAGUUCCACUACCCCAACCCAAGCUCCAGUCCCAGCGACAGCGAGGUGGAGCGCUUCGAUCUGCAGAUCCAGGCCGUCUUCAAGCGCAGCAGGCCAGGCGAAAGCAGCGGCGCGGGGAACGUCUACGGAAUGCCGAGUACAACCCUAAAACGCGGUCCUAUGACCUGGAUCAUACCGACUAAGGACCUGGAGUGCCGCUGCCCCAAAAUCAGAGUAAACAGAUCCUAUCUGAUCUUGGGUCGGGACUCGGAGGCGCCGCCCGGUUACCUGGGCAUUGGGCCGCACUCCAUCGUGAUCGAGUGGAAGGAGGACUGGUAUCGGCGCAUGAAGCGCUUUCAGCGGAGGGCGCGCACCUGUGCGUAAUCCGCCUGCAGAUGAUGGCAGUCCCACUCCCUGUGUGUAGUCCCAAGAUUCUAGGUCCUAAGGAAUGAGCCGAACUGGAGGAAAACAAUCAAAUCGUGUCAUUGUCGCUUAAACAGUUUUUUUUUGUUUUUUUUGUAAUCAAAUGUCAUUUUAACCGAUUUUGUAGCAGUUUAAAAUCAAACUAGUGGUACUUUAUUUAUUUAAUUAACUUCAAUUGUUACAAAGCAAUCGGUUGUUGAUGAACAGCAAUCAAACACACGAAAGUAUCUAUCUAAUGUAAUCUAUGUAAUCUAUAUAUACGACUUGUAUUAUUCGCUAAAUUAGGAUUCCUGUCAGCCCAGUUUAAGCAUUUGUGAACAUUUUACGUACUAGGGCAGUCUCGAGGAAGCGAAGCGAGCGCCAGUAAGCAAUAAUUUAUUUGUAAGAAACACCUUGAUGCAUGCAUGACUCGCAAAAAUCGUAAUUAAUAAAUAUUGUACAGAGCAA